GAAAAAUCGGAGAGUAUCAGUGUCUUUGCUGCUCAAUAGUGUGACACACGGAAAAGAUCCUAUAUUGUUGGGGUUUAACGUAGAUGAAAUGGGGAAGUUAUUAAUCGCAUUUCUGCUUAUUUUCUCGAUCAGCUCGGCUAUUAAAAUAUCGUCAAAAAUCGACCUCGAAUCGGAGGAAGAAUGUUCAGAUUUGCCCUCGACUAAUUUGGACCCGGUGACCAUAGUGAUAAAAAAUGAGCCCGAAAUACCCAAGGAAUCUUCUCAGUUUCGACCAUCCACUUGGAGAUCAAAUUCUGGAGGAAGUUUUUUUUCUGGAAAUCCAGGAAAUUCUAUAAAAACUCGAAACCCUCACAAUCCUUUUAUGGGCGAACCGAGGAUGGUCAAGAACAUCCAUAUAACCGUGAAUGGCAAAGAUGUCAGUUCAUCGAUUCCUGCUAGCGUCAAUUGCGAGAAGAACACUUGUGAAACCACGAUCACGAUGAAUAAAAACGAAGAGGAUAACGAGAUAGUUUCAGUAAGCGUGAAAGUGGUAACAAAAUCGAAGACCCUUGGAGUGGAGGACGUGCCAGUCAUUGAUGGGAUUCGAGCUUCCGGAUAUGACAACGUCUCACCCACGUUAUUUCCGAAGCACGGCAGAGCUCACCCCACUUUUAUCGACAAUAACAUACCGCAGGGACAACUGCCAAGACGUAAUCGACCCAGACAACCGUCAGCCUCUUUCUACCCACGUAAUUUUGGAUCACGCGUCCCGACGGCCUGGAAUCCCUGGAUUCCUGGCAGAAGUCCAGUCGACGAUAAAAUUGAGCCGCCAUUGAGUAAAACAGAUCACGUUGUACAAUAAGAAUUUGCAAUAAAGAAAUUAGUAACACGAUCCAAUAAUAGCUGAAUGAAAAGACGUAUCGAAAAAAUUUGUAAUAUAAUUUGUCAAGAAACCUUUUUAUAUAAUGAAAGAAUAAAAGCUCUACUGGACGUUGAGAAAAUACAUCAGCGGAAUUAUCAAACGAA